AUGGGUAAACUACUCCAUACGGUCCAAUGCCCUCAGGGAAGUGGCCUCGCUACGGCAUUCAACGAUGCUCAGGGCGAUAGAACAUUCAAGGUCGCUAAGGGCAAUGUUGUCCAGGAAUAUGUGUUCACCCCGGACUUCAAGGGCUUCUUGCUGGAGGAGGUAAAACAGUCUUUCUCCGAUACAGUGACUGCCUUGACCACGGUUCCUGGUAUAGACAGUGAUAUCGUUUUGGGAAUUUCCAACGGGACACUUUAUGAUUUGACUUACAGUACGUCUCCAUUGGUUAAUUUGGGAGAUGGUUAUGUGGGCCGGGCGACAGCUCUCGGCUUUGGCUUUUACCACUUAAUCUCGUUUCAGAACGAUGGAAGGCUCUAUAUUGCUAUUAUUAUGGCCGACGCAAAGGUCUAUGUGUGUCCAUAUGUUCACCAGGAGACGAAUAUUGUUAGUAUUGGCUCGUUGGGUUGUGCUCUGGUGAAACAGGUGGCGCAAUUGAAAUGCAAGGAUAACACCUUUGCUGUCUUGACCAGUGGGUACGACUUGUCUUAUUCUUUGAGGUACUACCGGUUUAAUGAGGGGUUGAAUCCUGUGGCUGUGUGUCUGUUUGAUCCAUUUGUGGAGGCCCCGUCCCUUAUCAUUCCAAUGGCUUAUGGUGGUGUGAUGGUAUUGAGCAACUUCAGAAUCUACCUUUUCCCUGGCUGGAAACAAACGUGCUCUAUCUCUGAUGAUUUCGUGGAUUCUGAAACCAUCCCCGUCUCUCUCGCCAGAAAUGUCAUCACCAUCGACAUCAAACUGCUUCCUUACUUGAAUUCCUUAUUUACUGCAUUCGCAAAGAUUGAUGACGAGAGGUACUUGGUUUCUACUGACACUGGACUUACGGCUGUUAUCUACAUACAGCUGUCAGUCGUCAACACUACUGUAUCUUUGGAAGCCUUCAGUAUUGUUGACCUUGGAAAGUCAACUAUCGCCGAAUCCUUGUGCCACAUUCAAGAUAAUGUGUUCUUUGCAGCUUCCAGGUAUUCACGCUCCAUUUUGUUCAGAAUUUUGCCUAACGAGCCUCAUAUCCAGAUCCUCUCUUUCUUCCCCUCGUCCCCACCGGUAAUAGACUUGGACUACAGUUUUAAUACCGAUUCAUUGAGGUUUCUGCCUGAUAUAUUCGUCUGCCAAGGAGGUUACCAUAGCGGUGAGUUAAGGAAAGUACCUUAUCUGAAAUGGGAAUCCACUCAGUUAUCGUCCAUUCAGCUUGAUAUUUUUCAUGACAUUGUCAGAAUUCUGCCGCCUAACCUAACUGGAUAUCAUUCAAGCAUGCUGCUGGCUUAUAUAGCCGUUAAGCUGGGGCCAAAGUUUUGUGAGUUCUACGAGAUUAACGAUUCUCUCGGAAGUAAGAAGCUUGGCUCGUUCGAAAAGAAGGACUUUGAUUUUCCUGUUGACAAUACUAACUUCGUUAGUCUCAUGAUAAAUGAAGCUGCUUUUGAAAGAUAUGAGGGAGAAAUCUCGGGUAGAGACCUUAUCGCACAGCUUGACGUUACGGGUAAAGUAAAGUUUGCAAAGUCCACGGUCAAUAAUACCCGUGUUCUCGUAAAGGAAGGCCAGUUCGUUUGCCAUAGUGGGAAUGGUCGCUUCCUGGCACCGUUGGAGGCUCCAGAGCACAUGGUUUGCUCCAUAGAUGUCUUGUUCAAUGGACCUCAUUUAUACGGCCUUGUUGCUUUUACCAACGGCUUGAUUCAGUGUUUUAAUGUUUACAAGACUAAAAUUCACCAGGUGUGGGCUCUUACAUGCGGGAGUAAAAGAGAGGGCCUUAAAGAUGCACGGUUCUGUCUCAACAAUAACCGGCGCAUGUUGAUUGUUGCCCUCGACGGACUUGGAAAUGUCCACCAGUACUUGCUCGAAGCAGAAACGAUAUUGGCUUCUACAGUGUGGAUUUGCAAAGUUUCACCUCCAAGACUGAUGGACUCGGAUGGUCUUUUGGUCAUUUUGUUUGACGCUCACAAAGUUGUCGGGAUGGUUGCAAAGGGUGGUCACUUCUUGGAGCUUUGUGAUUUUUUCUAUUCUCCCAAGCAAAUUACGGGCUGCAAUGUUCUCCUGUUGUAUCACUACAUGGUUGGCGUUCAUCUUAAUGAUGGCAGUUACAUUACUGUAUCCCACAGAGACAACCAGGACUCUAUCGAUGCCCAUUUCUCCGACAGACUUUGGACGAAAGUACUCAGCAUCAAGGGCACUCCUUAUCUCGUUUGUAUCAAAACAGACGUUAGGCCCAACAGAGGUCAUCAGAAGUACUCGACGCUUAAUUUAAUUGACGGAAGAUCAAUGAAGUUAUUACAUGCGCUCGAUACCGACCUUCAGCAAUAUACGGAUCUCUGUUUAUUGCCUGAAGAUGAAACCAUUGGGGUUCCUUCGGGUCUGUUCGUGGCUGUUCGGAAUAAUGGGCAAUGGAGCAAAAGAUUCCCAAUUUUUACUAUACAAAAUGGUAAGAUAAAGGAGCUACCUGAUGUCAAGACCGAGCUUAAUCCAAGUAAAGUACUUACUUUUAGUGCUAUUUCCUUCCAUAACAAGGAACUACAUGCGGUCGGUAACGAGCACGUCAUUCUUUCACUUCUGCCAACUCAAGAUGGCUACAUAUGGGCCCCUCGCGUGGAUCCAUCAGAACAUCCUACUGGGACGUUCCAGCAUGCCAUAAGUGUAUCGCAUCUUGAUCAAGGCAAAUCAAUCAUCCUUGAUUCAUUUCACGGUGUCUUUACAAGGGUGGAUUUACUGAGGCCUAUCCCUUUCAAAAGAUCUUAUAAACUCGAUGCUAGACCCACAGCUAUUUGUGUUGUUCCCCGUCAAAAUAAACAAGAACAGUUUGUUAUAAUUGGAGACAGCUUGGGUAAUAUCUACUACGGGGAGAAUGUUCUCGGGGUCUCCUCGCAAAUCAAUGUGAUCAAGUACGUGGAGGAAGACGGAUCAGUGCUAAUUGGCACGUUGGACGGCGGUAUCUACAAAUUGACGUGUAAAGAAGAAAAGAGAGGGCUUGAGCUGCUUUCUUUCCAUAUCUCCGCCAAGACAACCAUACCAUAUUUCUCCCAUAUUGUGAGCGCACCUGAAGAAAGCAGAGUGUAUCUCGCAGACAUCGUCAGUGAUGUCAUUCGACAAGCAAACGGCACCGAGUUGCUGAUAAUCCUCGACGCUUGGCGAAGCUCUUCGGACAAGGGAAUUCUUAAAAGGAUGCCGGUACUUGACCCCAAAGAUAACGCGAUGGCCGAAAUAAUUGACGAUAUAUAG